AUGAAGCCCGUCGUAUCUUUGUUGAACGCUUGGUCCUGCGUGGUCAUAUCCCUCUUCGCCAUCGUCAUUCUCUCAGUCCUCGGAUCGCUAUUCCAAGUAUGGCACCUUAUCUCACUUCCUACCACGAAACCCCAGCCGCUUCACACCCCGCUCAAAGAAACCGCCCCGACUAACCCCGGACACAAACAGAGAGAACACCACAGCUUCACCGGCGGUGAAGAAGAGCCCGAGAAUGGCGCCGCAGUCGCUGCCUCCAUCUACACCGCUGUCCUUGUAUACGUCGCCUUCUUCGUAUUCUGCGCCUUCCAGGCCUACCUGCACACGAGAAGCCGCAGGGGCGGCGCCAUUUCUUUGAGCUAA